UAUUUCAGAUGUUAACAAAACGUUCUCUAUCACUUUGGUCAAAAUUCAGGAAGUACAUCCAUAAUUCUUGGAACCUUAUUGAUGUUAUAACUAUUGUAUUGUUCAUCAUUGGAUACAUUCUUCGAUUCCUGGAUCUGGAGGAGACUGCGAGAGUGAUAUUUUGUUUAAAUUUGAUCUUUUUUUACAUCCGGUUUCUUCAUAUGUUCUCAAUUGACAAAAAUCUUGGACCAAAACUUGUAAUGAUUAAGGAAAUGAUGCGAGACCUGGGAUAUUUUGCCAUGAUUCUGUUUAUUUUCAUGACUGCCUUUGGCAUUGCUACCCAAUCAAUUCUCAAUCCAAGUACACCGGCUUCAUUUGAGUUGAUUAAAGAAGUCUUUAGAAAAGCAUAUUUUCAUAUAUAUGCAGAAAUUUUUAUUGAAGAAUAUGAAGGAAAUCCCAAUUGUAAGGCAAACAACAGCACAUGUCCCACUGAAAUCUCUACUUAUAGUGCAACAAUUUUGAUGUGUGUAUAUGUUUUACUAACGAAUAUUUUACUUCUCAAUCUAUUAAUUGCCAUGUUUAGUUCUACUUAUGAAAAAGUUCAGAAAAAAAGUCAUCUCCACUGGUCCUUCCAAAGAUAUGACAUUAUCAAUGAGUUUUCUAUCCGCCCUCCUUUGCCUCCUCCAUUUGUACUGCUCAGUAACAUCUACCAGUUCUGUCGUUAUCUGUAUAAAAAGGCAAAAGAUCAGGAGCUGAAAAUAAAAUAUGUAUUUUCAUGUAAAUAUGACAAUAAAGAAAAAGAAUUACUUGAGUGGGAGCACAAGAUGGUUCAGUCUUACAUCUUAAGGCAGCAUAAAUCUGACAGUAAUGACAAGGAUGUAAUUGACCGAUUAACAUUGAAAGUAGAAAAAUUACAACAGCAACUAAACAAUUCUCAGUAUGAAAAUUCACAGAAUAUUGUAGAAAAGUUUAAUAAAUUAUGUUCAAUAAUUGACCAGUUAACGUCAAAGGAAGAAGAAUUACAACACAACGUUGAUGAAAAGGUUUGUAAUUUAUUACUUUUAAUUUAUUUUCCAGUUUUAGCAUAAAAACUUCUAUAAAAU